AUGAGUGUACGUCUGGCUUCGAAAGAUCAAGAGGAGAUGAAGAAGUACUAUGAAGAAAAGAUCAAGCUGAGUGAUUCGGACGAUAGUCGGGUCAAGUUCUCCUCCUAUGCUCUCUUUUGCCGAACAGGAGACAGCCAGUAUGUGUCUCUUCUGGAAGAUGUGAACGUAACGAAGGUGUAUUUCCCAUUGUGUCCUCCCAAUGCCGAUGUUAUCAAUCUGAACAUCUAUACAAAGGAUGUAAUGAAGCGAAUCAAGUUUAUUGGAGGCAUUCGUGCCCUGUGCAGACGGACAACCACCCUGCCUCAUAUCGUUUUGCUCGUUCACUGCAAGCAGUUCAAUCAAUACAAAGUGUUUCGAUUGAUUCUUUUGGAUAUUGAGAAACGCACCGAGAAGAGCUUUCUCUUCGGCGAUUGGGAGAGCAAGGUGGAUUCGGUCGAGUGGGACUACAGCUAUCCGAUCCUGGAAAAUAACCCCUUCUUUUCGUUCAUUCCCUGCGUGGAUCGUGUGGAGCUCCAAAACAUGAGCUGCUCCAUUUACGGCCGAAUCUUCGAUCUCGAAGGGAAGAUGUUCUACAAGGGCGAGUUCAACAGUCUGUCUUCCAUCAACAUGCUCUCCAACUCCACCAUCAUCUCGAACAAGCCCUCUCUGCCCGACGAUCCCUCUACGGAGUGGAGCAUUCUCCUCUCCAACCCCCAAUCGCAGAACGAGAACGAGAUUGUGGUGCUGCAGCACAGUACCAGCAACACGAUCUACGUUGGCUAUCAGCGCAACGGCCUGCCGCACGGCCAGGGCUACAUCGUGGACUCGCACGGACACAUCGUGCAGCUCGGCGAGUUUGCGAACGGCACGUUCGUGAAGGGCGAUUGGUUCCGGAAGAUCAACGACCAGCCCUGCAUUCUCAGAGGCUCGUUCGCAAAGGAUAUGCCGGUCGGGAAGUUCACAGCGAUCCACCGCUCCACGAACAUGCCUUAUAUCGAGGGCGUGGCGAAGGAGAACGGGGAAUGCGAGGGCACGCUGUACAAAUACAAUCGCAAGGUCUUUAAUGGUACGUUCUGCGAUUUCAGGCCUGCUCAGGGCACACUGUUCUAUCUCAACGGAACGAAGAAGUACGAGGGCAGUCUCAGCUGUGAGUGUCCUGAUGGCCGCGGAACGUUCUACUUCUACGAAGACUCCCUGUCGAUGUUCGAGCUCCGGAAAAGGCUGCUGCAAGACAAUCUGGUGCCUCGUAAAUACUACGAGGGAGAGUUCCAAUCGGGAGCUUUCCAUGGGCAGGGCACACUGUACAGCGCUGUCGACCAGGAUCUUGUGCUCUACAAGGGAACGUUCCAGAAUGGGCUGUUCCAUGGAAAUGGGAUUUAUGCUGUGUCCCCAAUCGCCGUUCUCACCGACAGCUUGUAUACAAUUGAUUGGAACCGAGAGAACUUGCUGAGCCAAUGGGAAUCGCACGCCUCGAGCCACACAAUCAUCGCAUUCAUAGGUUCUUUCGAAAAUAACCUCCCGCAGAAAGGGAUGAUAUAUUUCAACGAUGGAUCCUAUGCAGAGGUGAUUCGAGAUGGAAACAGCCUUGCGACACAAUUAGAAAUCAUUCAAAAUGUUUUCGUAUCAUGA